ACAAUCCACCCAAUCCACCACAAAGAACCGACCCAAAAAAUAUAAAGGAAAUAAUAAAAAAAUAAACAAGAAAAAAAAAGAAGAGUAAAUCCUCGCCCUCGGACUCCCAACAUCGCAGUUGUGUCUCAGACCCGGUGGAGGGAAGACGUGUCAAUCUCUCUCUCUCACUCACACACACCCCCCACCCCCACUUCUUUUUUUUUUUUAAACCUCUCUCUCUCCCUCUCUCUCUCUCCGGAAAAAGGACUCCCGCCGAGUCUGAAAAUAAUGCCAGUGGGACCUCUCCUCCCCCCUACAGCGCGUCGCAAGUGAGCAAACAGGAACAAGAUGACCGAUAGAAAUUCUCGUAGGAUCGCUGACCUCGUGAAACUCUCGGGGAACAGCGAGUGUGCGGACUGUGGCUACCAACCUCCAGAAUGGGCGUCCUACAAUAUUGGAGUUUUCCUGUGCACAACCUGUGCUGCGUGGCACAGACGACUAGGGUCACAUAUAUCCAAGGUCAAGUCCCUCACCUUAGACAAAUGGGAUGAUGAACAAGUGGAGAUGAUGGAGACGAUCGGGAAUGUAUCGGCCAAAGAAAAAUACGAGCAGCACGUGCCGGCCUGCUACAGAAUACCCCGCGCAGGAGACCCAUCGGUGUUGCUUGAACAGUGGAUACGUGCCAAAUACGAGCGUCAGGAAUUUAUAGAGGUUGAUAAACAGACGUACAUUAGAAGCUAUCUGGAAGGGACGUUAAUGAAGAGAGCGAGAGAUGAAAAUAAAUAUUUCCCACGAAAAUUUGUCCUGGCGGAUAAUGCAUUAAAGUAUUUUAGUAAAGAGAAUGCAAAGGAGCCAAAAGCGACCAUAAACCUCUCAGAGCUGAAUGUCUGUUUGGCCCCAAGUAAAAUGAACCAAGAAAAUGGUCUUCAGCUCUCCUACAUGUGCGAAGGUUCCACGAGGCACAUCUACGUAUACCACGAAAGCGGGGAAACCAUUAUACACUGGUACACAGCUAUUAGAUCCAUAAAACUAAAUUGGCUGAUGGUGGCCUAUCCUAGUGCCAGUGCAGAAGAGUUGGUGCCAUACCUAACAACAGAUUUUGUUAUUGAGGGAUGGCUGUCGAAAACAGGUCCAAGUGAGAGAGAUGCCUACAGAAAAAGGUGGUUUAUCCUGGAUGACCGCAAAUUGAUGUACCACGAAGGGCCAAUGGAUGCCUAUCCUCGAGGAGAAAUCUUCCUGGGCCACAAGGACGACAACUACAGUAUUAAAGAAGGUGCUCCAAGGGGCUGUAAAGACCAAGAUUUCUCCUUCUCCCUGACCACCCCUGAACGGACCUACGUUAUGUCAGCGCCGACGUCGGACGAGAGAGCGAGAUGGAUACAGGCAAUAAACACAGUCCUUGAACGAGUGCUUAGACCUCAAGACAACCAGAUGGCAGUCAACUUGGUGCGCAAAAGAGCUGGAAAAUUUAGCCUAGACAUCUUCAGUUUAGGCUGAGAAGGGAGCAGGUGUCCAUUUUUGGCUUUAAGUAUACACUUCUUUUCGAGAUUUGUGUCCAUUCAAGACUGUGUUUUGUCAUAUAUUAGUUAUCCAAGACUUGAGAUCUGAAGAGAAUGGAGAGGCUAAGCAAAUUAUUUGUACCAAUGUUUGCUUAUGAUUUGAGGUACAGCUAAAGAUUUUUACAGCUAUUUUUCCAUUAUUUAUUGGCUGAAUUUAUUUAUUGUGAAAUGCUUAGGGGAUAGCUAGUACGAAAGGGAAAUAGCUCUCGAACUAGUACUAACAAAAAGAUAUAUGUUGACAAAAUUUUCCAGUCUUGGAAAUAUUCGCUGCAAUGCAAUAUCCAUAGUUUGUCUACUUGAUUUUUUUUUUUUUUUUUUCUGAGAUGCAAGAUAGAAGGAAAAAUAUGUUAUUGUUACUUUUACCUUUAUUCUUGCAAAGGAAUUUACACACUUGAUUAUAUUGAGGUACAGAAUUACCUCUCUUUGGGCUCCCUCAUGUGAGCAGAAAACAGGUUGAACAAAGCCUACUCUGAAAUACAGAUUAUGGUAGCAGAAGGUGAGACUAGAGAUGAUUUUCAGCAUUUUUAAAAAAUUAUUAUUAUUAUUAAGUUUAAAGGAAAUGAGGUCUGUUUUGAUAAGAAAUUUGAGAGUACAAAAUGUUAUGUCUCUUUUUUAUGAUAAGAAUUCUUCUGUGAAAUUCACAUGCUCAAAAAUAGUUUCAUUCAUAAUUUUCAAGGCCAGAUGUCUUAAGUCUUACAAUGAAUCUCUUUGCUAUUUGUUAAGUAUAUGGAAUAACUGUUGUUUAUCCCCUGUCUCCUUAGAUAAGGAUAACUUGAUAAUUCUGAAGAUAUAGGUAUGAAUGCUCGCAUUUAAAGUAUUUUGAGUGUGAGGUAAAUUAAUUUGUAUCAUCCUGUAACUAUUACUGGUAAUAAUGGAAGGAGACUUUUGCAAAGAUGUAAAAAAAUCUAACAGGACCAGCUUAACUCAAAAAUAGAAGUUGAAUAUUACUUCUAACCUAUGACAGGUAUAAACUGAUUCAGAAUUGAAUUGUGAGAAGUUCAUAUUCAUUUUUAGAACCUCAAAAUUUACUUAAAAAUUCACCAUCUAUCUUGAAAUAAACAAAUAAAUUAAAAGGAUAUACCAAUUUAACACUAAAAUCCACAAUGUUUGCACCAAAUACUAGACUCCUUUUGAAGAUGAAAACACCAAAGAGAUCCAGUUCUUUUUGCUUCAUACUCCUGAGGAGGGCUCUGAUAUAUGAGUAAAAAUAUCGGGUUUUGAAUGCUACGUACCUUUUUUUUUUCAUCUAGCUGUUAUAUCUUCCUACAAAUUCUACUGUGUGUCUUCUACUGCGUAUGGUUUCAUGAACAAUAUGAUGAAGAAGCCAUGCAUUUUUUACCCACUUACAGAGCAGUAUGUACUAACAGCUGAUGUGUUUCUGGGAUUUAUUUUUAUGUCUCCACUUGCUCUCAAGGUAGUAUCAUGGAAGUCCACUGAGGAAAGAAAGAAAGAUUGAAGAAUUAGAGAAGAGGGAAGGGCAGACAGGGUAAGAAUAAGAAACAAAAUGGUUAGAGACAUGAAAUAGGAGGUCAGUUAGAUAUACAAGGAAGUUGGGACAUGUUGUAUAUCAGAAGUAGAAAAUGCAGAACCUACAAUCAAAGUAAUUUACCAAUUUUCAGUUUAUCAUAGUGUAAUAGAAAAUCUAUGGUGCCAUUUCAUUCAAGGACAUAUGACUUAAGUUUGCCUCUCGUAACUAUUAGGAUUUUACAGUAGCCAGCAAAUGUCCAGGUUAAAGUUAGUAGAAUAGUGCAGUACACAGUUAUAAAUCUGUGAUAUAUUUAUUUCAGCUACAGUAUGUAAUGCUUAGACAUAAGUGGUACAUCAAAAUCUGAAAUUAACUGACAAUAAUGAUCAGAGAAAUAUAUGGAAAGGGAAUUUGUCGUUAAGUUAUGUGUUUCGUAUGUAAAGCACUGUUAUCAGCUCUUGCUUCACUAAAAUGGCCAAUUGUAACGUGUAAGUCUUAUGAAGUAUAAUGAAAUAUGAUGGCUUUCAAGGUGGUCCCAGCAGUAAGGCAUUUCUUUACUGAGUAAAGAUAUUUUUUUCAGUUCCAUUUUUGUUAUAUUUUUGUACUAUAUGUCAGAUGGUUGGUAAUGCAGAUAUUUGUUUCCUUUUUGUUCAGAAAAAUACAUGUUCUUCCAGUAAUGUUCACAUAUUUGCAAUAAUUUGGGGGUUGAACCAGCUGUGGAUGGUAGCUUAAGUUUGUGGUGAGGAAAUGGGAAUCGCUAAUGUAAUUAUUGAUUCUACCAGUAUUGAUGCUAAAAGACUGGAGGUUUAAAUUCCUUUUAGCAUUUGUCUUAAUGAAUAUUCUGUUUGUUUUGUAAUUAAGCAAUACGUUGACUCUAACAAAAGAUGAUAUUUAGAGUUUAUGCAUAAGACGUUGCUCAUGGGAUGGAACACUAGAUUCUUGUUGUACUUUGUUAAAGGAAAUUUUUCAAAGUAAGAGAUUAAAGUGUGCAUAUUCCAAGUUCUUGGAUUUGAGUCUAGCUAGUCCCAUAUAAUGAGGAUAUUAUGGUUUUCCUUUAGAAGAUUAAGCACAGAAUCUCACCUAGGGUAAGUUUCAAGUCCUGCAAAUUCCUGUAGGUCAGAGACUUACAGAGUUAUUGCAGGAAAUUUGUGAAUACCCAAAAAAGGACAGCAGAUUAAAAGUGAGAUGCCACUGUUAUGUCCCACUAUGCUUGUCAUCACUGAAUGUAGAAACAAAUAAGAGAUAUUGUCUCUGGUAUUUAAUGACAGCUCAAAAACUUGUACCAGAGGACUUCAUUGCAUUACUUCUUUGUAAUCUUGAUGUAUUGAAGAAAGUUGUUUCUCAUUGUUGUUAUUUAGUAACUACAUCUUAAUUCUUGUGGAGUUACUGUAAAGUUACUGUUGUUGGUGACAAAUAUAUAUGAAGAUACCACUAUUUUUUGAUAAUGUUAUAACAUGAUUUGGUGAUAAAUGCUCGCACAGACCCUAAGAUUCUAAAACCUGUCAGCUUAUCAGAUAUUUUAUGGUGGUUCUUAAAGCUUUGCAGUAUUAAUGUCUGUCUUAGUGAAUAUAAGCAUGUUACUUUUUUAUGAACUACACCAAUAUUUUCAGAACUAUUAUUUUCUGUGUUUCUGUAAAACAAGGAAUAGUCUUCUAUUCACAAUUUCCUUCUUUUUCUAUGUCUAAGGUGCCAGGUACAUAAUCUAUAAGGAUUAGACUUUUCACAUGUAAAGAAAUGCCAUCUUAUGUUCUUCCUAUAAUUGGAAAAGUUUGUUUAAAUGUGAACUGGAGAAUGACUGAUAGCCUCGUUGCUAGAUUAAAAGUGUACAGCGAAUCUCGGUUAUUUUUGUUGAUAGGGAGAUGUCGUGUACAGGCCUGUUUUCAGUCAGCACAGUGUCUGUGUGUGUUUGCGUGUGCACACACACACACACACACACACACACACACACACACACACACACACACACACACACACACACACACACACACACACACACACACACACACACAUACACAUACACAUACACACACAUACACACACAUACACACACAUACACACACAUACACACACAUACACACACACACACACACACACACACACACACACACACACACACACACACACACACACACACACACACACACACACACACACACACACACACACACACACACACACACACACACACACACACACACACACUCUCUCUCUCUCUCUCUCUCUCUCUCUCUUUUCUCACACACACACACACACUUCUUCUAGGUUUGUAAAUGCGGAAUGGGUUAGGAUUUGGAAUCUUCAAAUGUUGAUUUAGAAAGUACAAUAUUUUAAAAUAUUUUUAGUUGAAACUGCUUCUGUUUACAGCCUUAUCAGACCUCAUGAAGUCUGUGUUUGAACAAUGUAUCCUUUUUCUUCCUUUUUUACCAGUUUAUAUUUUAUACAAAGUAGUAUUUCUUUUUUUAUUUAUGAUGAUUAUUAUUUUAAGGAAAUUGCACACGCUUGUUUCUCCUACAUAUGGAAUAAAAAAAAACAACUAAAACCCUCCCCAAAAAAUCUUGCUAGUCAGGAACGGAAUUAGUCCAUCUCUCUUUAUUUUUCCUCCUCCUUAAUAUUUUGGCAGCACACUCUAAUUUUCUCGCUCAGACUCAUUCCAGUUUGAUACUCAAGUGCGAAUAUAAGAGCUCCUCUGGGAUGCCUCGUGCAUUCAGUGUAUUUUGCUGCUUCCUUAGGAUAGUGUGAUAUCAAGGCAACUAGAUAUCUUUGCGCGGGUGUCAGGAGGAGCUCUGAUAUUCGGACAAGUGUGUUUGGUUUUGUUGAGUUAGUGUCUGUGGUGUAAUUGUGAAAAUGUACAUGUACUUCUGUCGGUGUGUGCUUAUUUGUUAUCCACACAUACUAGUAUAUUGUACCCAGUCAGGUAUGUGGCAAUGAACCCAUAUUUGUGCUUUCAUUAUACUCUUUAAAACUGCUAUAUGAAAUGCAUAUCUAAGUCAUUAAAAAGAUAUAUAUUACAUCA